AUGGCCCAGGCCCUGCUCCCCGCGCGCUGCCUGCGGUGCUGCCGGACCCUGCUCCAGCCCCGGCCCCCCCCCGCGCCCCCCGCCCCCUCCCGCGGGCUGUCCGGGCCCCGGGGGUCGUCGUCGUCGGGGGGGGGGGGCUCAGCCCCGCUGCCGCUGUGGCAGCGCGUGGCGGUGGUGGCGGCGGCGGGCGGCGCGGCGGCGGGCGGCUGGCUGCACCUGCGGGCGCGGCGGGAGCGGGAGCGGCGGCAGCGGCGGGCGCGGGAGCUGCGGGCGCUGGCGCUGGGCCAGGGCGACUUCGAGCUGGUGGACCACACCGGGCGGCCGCGGCGCAAGGCCGACUUCCGCGGGCAGUGGGUGCUGCUCUACUUCGGCUUCACGCACUGCCCCGACGUCUGCCCCGACGAGCUGGAGAAGCUGAGCCGGGCGGUGGAGCUGCUGGACCGCGAGGCGGCCCUGCCCCGCGUGCAGCCGCUCUUCAUCACCGUGGACCCCGAGCGCGACGACGUGGCGGCCGUGGCGCGCUACGUGCGGGACUUCCACCCCCGGCUGCUGGGGCUGACGGGCAGCCCCGAGCAGGUGCGGGCGGCGGGCAGCGCCUACCGCGUCUACUCCAGCGCCGGCCCCAAGGACGAGGACGGCGACUACAUCGUGGACCACACGGUCAUCAUCUACCUGCUGGGCCCCGACGGGCUCUUCCUGGACUACUACGGCCGCGGCAAGAGCGACGCCAAGAUCGCCGAGAGUGUGCGCCGCCACAUGGAGACCUACGAGCCGCUCCCCGCCUGAGCGCCGACGGGGAGGGGGCGGCGAGCAGCCCCCCCGGCACCGACACCGCCGUGGGACCCCACAGCCCCACCGGGACGGGGGGCAGCGGCCCCAGGACUCGACCCUCCCCAGCCCCACGGGGCCGCGCUGCUGGAGCCUGGCUGCUUUUGGGGACGCUCUGUGGAUGUCACAACAAGGCAG